CAGACUCUCACUGAUCCAAGUUAGAAGCCUUCAGCUGCUAGCCUUGGCCCAUCAUGUAACUGCAGCUGAGCUUUGCUUGCAGAGGAAUUGCAAACAAAUUGCGUGCCGGACCAUUUUGCAAGUCGUGCAUUUACACUUUCGCUCACUGCACGGAAACUUACAACCCUGAGGCAAAAACUCUGCAGUUGCAUGAAGGUCUGAAUUCGUAUUUUGCAUCUUUUCUGCAAAUCAAGCCGCUGAAGCUCCAGGGCGAGUGGAUGGAGGGAGGGAGGAAGAGAGAAGGCAAAGUCUUUUGUGCUUCCCCUCCCCCCCAUCAAAGCAAAGGGGAAAUGUCUCUGCCAAAGGGAGGUAAGAAGAAGAAUCCAGGGCUCAGGCUUUCCAAGGAGGUGUUUGAGCAACCCGCUCCAGCUGCUGCGCCCCCACGGGACCUGGACUCCAAAGCCUGUGUGACCAUCGGGGAGAAGAACUUUGUGGUGAAGGCAGAUGACCUGGAGCAGAUUGCGGAGUUGGGGCGAGGGGCAUAUGGAGUCGUGGACCAGAUGAAGCACGUGCCCAGCGGCCUUAUCAUGGCCGUGAAGCGGAUCCGUGCCACGGUGAACACACAGGAACAGAAGAGGCUGCUGAUGGACCUGGACAUAUCCAUGAGAACGGUGGACUGCUUCUUCACCGUCACAUUCUAUGGCGCUCUGUUCCGAGAGGGCGAUGUGUGGAUCUGCAUGGAGCUGUUGGACACGUCUCUGGACAAGUUUUACAAGAGGGUUUUGGAGAAGGGGAUGACCAUCCCAGAGGACAUCCUGGGGAAAAUCACCGUCUCCGUAGUAAAGGCUUUGGAGUACCUGCACAGCAAUUUACAGGUGAUCCACAGAGACGUGAAGCCCUCAAAUGUGCUGAUCAACGCUCAGGGCCAGGUGAAAAUAUGCGACUUCGGCAUCAGCGGCUACCUGGUGGACUCUGUGGCCAAGACCAUGGAUGCAGGCUGCAAGCCAUAUAUGGCGCCGGAGAGGAUUAAUCCAGAGCUCAACCAAAAGGGCUACAAUGUCAAGUCUGACAUCUGGAGUUUAGGAAUCACUAUGAUUGAGCUGGCGAUCCUGCGUUUCCCCUAUGAGUCCUGGGGCACGCCCUUCCAGCAGCUGAAGCAGGUGGUGGAGGAGCCGUCCCCCCAGCUCCCGGCUGAACGCUUCUCCCCUGAAUUUGUGGACUUCACUUCCCAGUGCCUAAAGAAGAAUUCCAAAGAAAGACCGGCGUACACAGACCUCAUGCUACAUCCUUUUUUCACGCUUCACGAUGGUAGAGAGACGGACGUUGCCACCUUCGUCAAAGUUAUUCUGGGUAACUGAGGCCGGUAAGGCACGUGGCACCUCCCCUGUGCCCCUGCGGAGGCGGAACUGCACCAGGAAUGCAUCGGUUCCGCCUGGGAAACCCACAGUAGUCCUAAGCAGAGGGGCGGGGCCUCCAAAGGUCCAGAUGAUUGACACCUGCUCGUUCAAUGCCAAGGGGUUUGUAGUAUGGACGGCAGACUUUUCCCACUGAUCUCCUGUCCUCUGGGGGAAGGGCAGGGGAGGAGGGGUUAGCUCAGGAGGGGACAAGCCUUCUUUUAGGACAUUUUAUUUAAUAACUUAACAUUAUAAUUAUUAUAUGGUUAUGGGCUUGAAACCUGAAAUUUGCUAGCUCAAUUUCCUGGUAUGGCAACCAUAAUUUCUUCAGUAAGCUUACUCUUGUAUAUUGAAAUAUUAUUAGCCAUGGAAAUCAACCAGGAGAUUCGUAUUUUCUCAGCUAAUUUAAGAAGUCCUGAUGAGCUCUCCUCUCUUCCCGCUCCUCAUCCUCGGCCGUCGCUACAGGCUGUCACUGAGUUGCAUGCGGGGUUCGGUUUUUCGUUCGUAUGUGAAACACUUCUUGAAAUCCUCUGCAUGGUUUUGAAACCAACCAAGGUGUAACUGAAAUUGUAUGCAUACGUGUGUUUGUAAUUAUAAUGUGCGUGCGCGUGUGUGCGCGCGCGCGGUUUGGCGUGCGCGCUCGUGCGCGGGCCCGGCGCUAGCCGCUCGUUGCUGUAGGCGGGUAGCCGAGUUAGCGCGUCGGCCAUUUUGUGAGUUGAAAUGCUGAGUCGUUGAAGCCGCGCGCAGGCUCGUUUCUUUUUUAGCGGACCUUUUUUGGCGGCGCGGCGACAGUGCGCCUGACUGGCUGCUGAGAGGGGGCGGCGAAGGGUCAAAGGUCACUGUGGUCUGCCUCCACCACUGCUGCUGGACCCUGAUACGCUGUCCUGGAAGGGUCAAAGGGCAAAGCGGUCCGAGGGGUGUGCCGUGGCUGUGCGCCGCUACUUGACGGUUGUGCAGCAGGAGGAGGGGAAAGGGAGCGAGACAAACCCCUGUGAACUAUGACCUCCGGAGGCCCUAAUGACACGCAACACGCCCUAUUCCCCAAAGGACACGCCCCCUCCAUCAGGAGGAACAGGAUCCGCAGCACCCCCUCAACUGGACAGAACCGGAACCAGUCUAGCUGUAAACAUUGUGAGCACAUGUUUAAAACAGACAAACAUAUAGACGCAGAUGCACACACCCAAUUUUGCUUUUUUUUUUUUUUUUUUUUACACACAUACAUAUAUUGGGGGAAAAUACCUAAAUCUACUGUUUCAUCUACUCUGAGCCUUGUGAUCUCUCUGUGUUUUGGACUGAAAAUAACUAUACAAUAGUUAUUAAUAUUAUUAUUAUUAUUAUUAGCAUUAUUUGGACAAAAUAUGCAGUCUGAGGUUGCUCUCACUGCUGUUUUCUUUGUUUUGUUUGUUUCUGAGCGUGAAUCUGUACUGUAUGUUGUUCUAAGGGUCAGGGUGAUGAGUGUCCAUCUCAGAAAUUACAGUCGCUGGUCUGUACUAUGAAAACGGACGCCAAGGUUCUUCUGGAGAGACAGGGUCCAGAGAGGGACGGGCGAUGUGUGUUUCCAAAAAAAAAAAAAAAAACAAGAAAAACAAAACGGAAAAGAAUAACAGCGAUCACUUGAGAUAUUCUCGUUGUGCUGUGAACUCAACUGUCUUGAACGCUGUGUCACGGAUGGGGGCGUGGCCUCCCGUUCACCACUUGAGUAGCUUGAAUAGCUGAUUGGCUCCGCUCCUGACUUUGUGGGUCUGGGCCAGUAUGGCGUGCAGAUGUCAUGUAAGGUUGUGCUUUGGUUGUGUCUCAGGUUUCUGUACCCUGCUUUAAACUCCUCCCUCUGUGGGGGCUCGGUUCGCUUCUGAUAACGGGCGAGCCCGUCUUUGCCUGGGAUGUGGCGCAGGGUUGAGUACAUAAACGGUCUUCAGCCGCCACCUCUUUUUUUGCUGCACCGCCCUGCCAUCUGUCCAUCUCUGCCCCGCGUCUGUCCUGGUGAUUGCACGAGAACCACCAUUCACCCCCCCCCCUCCCACCCCCAGAGGUAACCAGAGUAACAGAGAGCAGUGUUCUGGGCUUUCCUCUGCCCUCUGUGUAAAAAUCUUUGAGAAUUAUCUGUGGUUUCUGUAGCGACAUGGAGCACACGUUGUUGGAGCAUUAGCAGUAGUGGGGGGGGUAAAGGGUUUGUGGCUGUUGUUUGGUAGUGACAGCUGACGGUGGUUCUUCUUUGAGGAGCUGCUACUCUACUCUGUUUCUGCCGGCCUCUCACACGGCUGCUCGCGUUCUGCCUCCCGGGCUGGUCUCCCACCUGUGUGCUCGCCACCGUUUCCCCUGCCGCAAUAAGAGAAGGACCUGAACCGCAGGAGUGAAAAUACAGGCCAUGUCAUGUGACCUGGCUGAAGAGAACGGGAAGGCUACGAUUUACCACGGACAGGCUGCGGGUCCUUCCGGGAGAGUCUGUCUUUUGAUUGUGAUUUGUUUGUAGCGCAGUCUUGCUGACUUUCUGGUAGAAUCUGAUUGUCUUGCAACUUGCAACUUGCCCCCCCCUCCCCUCCCCUCCACCUUCUCCCCCCCCCCCCUUGUGCCUUGUGUAUGGGUCCUCACCCUGUAGGUACCUCUGCCAGGGACCCGUUCUGAUUUUGGUUUAACACUCUUCCUCUCUGGGUCUUGUGAUCAGGAAGUGGCCUGCCAGGCACCGUCCUUAAUUUGCAAAUGUAAUCGCAUGUCACUUCCCUCAGUUCACUGAGGAGCCACAUAGUGAACCCUCGACUGCUCAGGAUGCCUUGCAAUACAGGGUGAAGUCUUCUUAAAGCAGGGGUUCUCUAGCCUCCUCCUCAAUCCCCUCCCCCCCAUGUAUGUAAAUAUCCGACUAUAGAGGCUAACUUCAAGGAAACGUCCACUCAAAAAUGGCAAAUGGUAUAUUUACCAUCUUCAGAUGAAAGUACAAACAUCCAGAGUACAUGUUAUGACCUGCUUUUUAAGGUGGUGCUCCUAAAAUUUAUACAGAUUUUUAUUUGUCCUAAUGAUGUCCUGUGUCUAUCAGCAAUUUGGCGUGUCUUUAAGAUGCUACCAAGGUUAUAACUAAUGAAAAUGAAAAUUAGCCAUGAAAAACUUGUAAAUAAUGUAAAACCAAUAAACAACUGUCCAAUAAACUAAAAUAAAACUAGAAUCAUUGCAAUUAAAGCUAAAUAAAACAAAAGAAACAUCAACAUCAGUUUCUGAUCAAUUUAGGUCAUUUAUUUCUUUACCAAAACAUGACAAAAAUAAUGUGGGUUUUGUCCUGCUUGUCGGGCUUCUAGGUAGUCAUGGCCACUAGAUGGCAAUAUGCUACCUUUUUAUUAGCAUCUCUUUAACCAUAGAACGUUUGAGUUUAGACGAAGCAGCGAUCAAACAUUAGGAGCUAUCAUGCAGAAAUUUCGCACACUGAAGCCCAGUGAUGAGAAAAAGGCAGCUCAGUCUGGGAUGACUUUUAAUACAUUAUCAACAAUGUACUGUACCUUUCAAUUUCAGUGCCUGUUCUUUACAGUAGUGGCAAAAGUUUUUUUGGUUGGUACAUAGUAACAUUGCUUGAUUGGUUAGAAGCUUUUAACCUUGGUGAGAAGAUCUGUCUUACUUAUUCAUACCAAUGAUGUACCAUUCAUUAAAAAAAAAAAGAUUAAUUAAAAGAAUUUCAGUGUCUAAUGAGUCCAUUUGAUGGUAAUGUUUUCACUAUUUGUCAGUUUAAAUGCUCAGUCCUAACUGAAACAUACAUUCUUCCCCUGAAACUAACGCUAAAAUGAAACAAAAUUAUGUAACAACUUCAUGGGCACUUCGCCAACAAAAUGAGAACUAACAGAGACUUAAAACUAAACUGAAUUGAAAGCUAAAUUUAAAAAAUAGUAGAAAUGAAAUGGAAAAGAAAAAACAAAUAUCUUUAGUUUCUACCUUUUUAAACAUUCUACCUUUUCCCUUGAAUGACAGUGUACACUAUGAUUUUGGUGUUUCCCCUGCCUCAUCCCCCCCCCCCCAAUUCAUUGGAACGUCACUCUCUGUUUCGCGGAAUUGUUUUUUUAGAGUGGAAUCAAUGUCAAAUAAGAAAGCCGGUUUUGCAAAGUGUUACGCAAUUGUUAAAAAACAUUCAAAUUAAAGCUUGUGAAAAGGCAUCAAGCAACUCUUGGUAUGCAUUAUUGACCCACUAAAGUAGCAACAUUUGCAUUUAACAAAACGGGCUUCAUUUUCCAUGUGGCAUCCUUGCGCAAAAAGACUUAUUAAGGAUGUUUUAACCAGAUAAUGUUCAUUUUAUCUGAAAGUCUAAAUGCUCUGAUCAAUGAUAUGUAGAAAGAUUUUUUUUUUUUUAAUAUAUCAAAAGAGAUGUUUUCCUCUAAUAUUCCCUUCUACCUGGGGCCACUGUUUUACAGGAGGAAUGCUAAUUUUGAGUAGUCCAUUAGGUUGGAAAAUAAGGCCCUUGGGGGCCACUGUGUGUUAAGAGAUCUCAUGCUUGUUUUCAGCGCACCACACUCAUACCAAAGCUCUGUUUCAGACCCUUCUUUUGGAACCACGGUGUGAAUCGGUGAAUCGAGCGGUGUUUGCUUGUAUUUUCAAAUUCUGAGAGAACCUUCUGGGGGGGAAAAAAAAUGUUCAAAUACAGAAUGCGAAAUAUUACGGAAUAUAUAUUUUAAUAUGUGUCUUAAUAUGCAACACGUAUUAGAAAAUAUACAAACAGUUGCCACGUUCCAAUGCUUUCAUGUUCAUACUGUUUAUUGCAGAGUAUUUUGUGAACUUAUAAAUGUAUUGUGAAAUGUGUUUUAUUUUGAAUAUUAUAUUUUACCAUAUAUUCACCUAUAUUGCUCUUUCAUAAUGCAAGAGUGCCUCAUUUAAACUAUCCAGGUGUAUGAAUACAAAAACAAAACAAAAACAAACAAAUAUUGUUGUUAUUCUUUUUUGUUUUUGUUUUGCUAACUGGCAAAAUUAAUGCUGCUUGCUUUUGCUGCUUUUAUCCAAGGGCACUGGCACUGCACUGUGGUGCAGUAAAAUUAAACUUUGUACUGUAUGUUGUAGCUUCAGCGUUGCAAAAAUUAUUUUGACUUUCCUUUAUUUAACGAACGUGGGCCUCUGUUCAAUCUAACUGCAGAAGUCUUUGUCCUUAACCUGCACGAAAGUUAACUUUCUUCAACUCCCAUACAUCUCAUUUCACUGAUACAGAACACAGCUGAAUGCUUGAUACUCUGAUAGGGCCAGAAACAGUGCUGCCCCUCAGAGUGAUGGACAGAUCUUACUGCGCAUAGAUUGAACUGCUGCCUUCAGUUUUUUUUUGUUUUUUUUGGGGUUCAUUUGUUGAUGAAGAAGGCCUGCGAUGCCUUAGAUUUGUUUGUAUGAUUAUUUCUUGUACACUACAGAUUAUUUUAAUGGAUUUGAUGUUUGUUUGUGGUGUAUUUGUAAGCUUGAAUGUGCAUGAGAUUGUUGCAGCCUGUUCAUUUGUAAUGUAUCUAAGCACUAAAAAGAAUCCUGCCAGAAAUGGUUGUUAAACCAGAGAAA